UGCAGGGGACGACCCGAAGUGCGGCGAGCGACCCCUCCUCCUUCGGGCCCGGGGGAGUCGGGGCUGCGGGCCGGGCGCGGGCGGCCCCGCUCCUUCCCCCGCCGGGAGACGGAGCCGCUUUGUCUGCGGCGCCGGGAGCGCGGCCCCGGGCCGGCGGCAGCGGCGGGGGGCGCGCACGCACGCGGGGGCGUGCAGGCACCGGCACACGGGCCCGCACACGGACACACGCACACGCACACACGCACACGCGGGCGGAGCGCGGCGGGAAGAUGUCGAACCAGGGCAAGAAGAGCGUCCCCCGCAUCACGAGCGACCGGCUUCUAAUCAAAGGAGGAAAAAUUGUCAACGAUGAUCAGUCAUUUUAUGCAGACAUUUAUGUGGAAGACAGCUUAAUAAAACAAAUUGGAGAAAACCUGAUUGUUCCUGGCGGUGUAAAGACAAUUGACGCCUACAGCCAGCUGGUGAUGCCGGGGGGGAUAGACGUCCACACCAGGCUGCGGACGCCGGUCAUGGGGAUGACCUCGGCUGACGACUUCGCCCAAGGCACGAAAGCAGCCCUGGCGGGAGGAACAACAAUGAUCAUUGACCACGUCUGCCCGGACGCUGGGACGAGCCUCCUGGCUGCCUACGAGCAGUGGCGCGAGAGCGCCGACAGCCAGGCCUGCUGCGAUUACUCGCUGCACGUCGACAUCCCCCGCUGGCACGAAAGCCUGAAGGAGGAGCUGGAAGCCCUGGUGAAGGACAAGGGUGUGAACUCCUUCCUGGUUUUUAUGGCCUACAAAGACAAACUUCAGUGCAGCGAUGCCCAGAUGUAUGAAAUAUUCUGCAUUGUUCGAGACCUGGGGGCCAUCGCCCAAGUGCAUGCUGAAAACGGAGACAUCAUCGAUGAGGAGCAGAAGAGGCUGCUGGAACUUGGGAUUACGGGGCCAGAAGGGCACGUCCUCAGCCGCCCCGAGGAGGUGGAAGCGGAGGCGGUGUACCGUGCAAUUACCAUCGCGAAACAAGCCAACUGCCCCCUGUACAUCACCAAAAUAAUGAGCAGAGGUGCAGCAGAUGUGCUGGCUCAAGCAAAGAGAAAAGGCACGGUUGUGUAUGGCGAGCCCAUUACUGCCAGCCUGGGCACCGAUGGGUCGCACUACUGGAGUAAAAACUGGGCCAAAGCUGCAGCCUUUGUCACGUCUCCCCCCAUCAGCCCGGACCCCACCACGCCGGAUCAUCUCACCUCCCUCUUGUCCUGCGGGGACCUGCAGGUCGCCGGCAGCGCUCACUGCACCUUCACCACCGCGCAGAAGGCAGUGGGGAAGGACAACUUCACCCUCAUCCCCGAGGGGACCAACGGCAUCGAAGAGCGGAUGUCGAUAAUUUGGGAAAAGUGUGUGGUCUCCGGGAAGAUGGACGAGAACGAUUUUGUAGCAGUGACCAGUACCAACGCUGCCAAGAUCUUCAACUGCUACCCCAGGAAGGGGCGCGUCGCUGUGGGCGCUGACGCAGACUUCGUUUUGUGGAACCCCAAGGCCACUAAAACCAUCUCAGCAAAAACCCACAAUCUGAACGUGGAGUACAACAUAUUCGAAGGCACAGAGUGCCACGGGGUCCCUACCGUGGUCAUAAGUCGAGGAAGAGUUGUUCUUGAAGAUGGAAACCUGUUUGUCACCCCGGGGUCAGGUCGCUUCAUUCCUAGAAAGACGUUCCCUGAUUUUGUUUAUAAAAGGAUAAAGGCAAGAAACAGGCUGGCCGAAGUCCACGGCGUCCCCAGAGGGCUGUACGACGGACCGGUCCACGACGUCCUCGCGAGCGCCAAAGCCGUGGCCCCCACGCCGGCGUCCAGGAUCGCGCCCUGCGCGGGCAAAGCCCAGGCUCCUCCCGUGCGCAACCUCCACCAGUCGGGGUUCAGCUUGUCUGGGUCGCAGGCGGACGAUCACAUCGCCAGGCGCACGGCUCAGAAGAUCAUCGCCCCGCCGGGUGGACGGUCCAACAUCACCUCGCUGUCCUGAUGGGCAGCCCGGGGGCUGCGCCCUCCGCCCGCGCCGCCGCUCCCGCCGCAGCGUGCUGGGGUCCUGCCGGGGCCGGGCCCAGCCGGGAAGGGGCGGUGGGUCGCCCUCAAGCUCAGGAUGAAAAUCGAGCAUUUGUCAGCUGCCCCAACCCCUUUUUUCUCAUAGGUAGAGAAUAGAGUAACCCUCCCGAGAGGUAGCGCUCCCAUCUCGAUUUCUCCCAGUCUGUGUUUCUUCACUAGCUGCUCGGAAAGCCCUUCCCUUGUGCAUGCGGGCACCGAGACGUACACUUGGCAGCGUGCGCAGCUGCGCUGCUGGCCGGCUUGUGGCCAGGACGAAACCGAAGGUGCAUUUUGGCUGGAAUACGCGCCUUUCUAGUAGCAAGGACUGCCCUUUCUAGUCGAAGGACUUUUACCUGAUAAGCACUUCCGAAUCUGUAUGGUUUUAAUAGGGUGAGUUUGCGGCGUCCCCGAGCAGAGCUCUGCGCCGCCACACUGCGCAGCCCCGGCCGUGCGCCGGCAGCCGCCGUCACUGCGCCCGUGAGCGGCCGCGCAGGACGGCAGCGCGUCCGUCUGUCCCGGCACCGGGCCCGGCGGCAGUGGGGCGGGGGCGGGUGCCCCGCGUCGCGGCGCAGGGUGGGCGCUGGGUGCUCCUGGCACCCCGAGCUGUGGCGGCCGUGCCAGCGGGCUGUAGUCCUUCUGUUAGGCUUGUUUUUUAAAGAUGAUUAUUUAUACAGUUUUUCAAGAACCAAGUGUAAGUCUUAUAACCAAUAACGAGGCUCAUUUAAAGGCCAGUUGCAUACGACGAACUCUUUUAUAAAGGUUAUUAUAGCCCGUUGAUUUUAUUUAAAGGUAUGUACAGUAAAGGUGAACCUCUAUGCCACAAAGCUAUGCAUGUACCUCUAACAGAAUGGCUCGCCAUUCCUUACCUGUUCCUUGCUCUGAAUAAAGUUUGUUGGAAAUCAUAAAAUUAUAGAAGUGGUUCAUCCAGCAUAGUCACUUUUGUAGCUUCAGUUCACAACUCGCAGAUUCCGUACUUGCUUUUGACAACAAAAACAGGCUUAUUAUUAGCUGCGUAGGAAUAAAGGGGAAUCCCACCCUUCUCCUUAGACCUGGCACGCCUGCCAAGAGCUGCUCGAUGAGAUUUGGUGUCACACAGCUCAGAUUUGGUGUCACACAGCUGCCUGCCCGCUGAAAGCCUUUGGUUUGCAGAUAAAGCUAAAAUACCAUGAGGGUGGUCUGAUUUGUCCCAUUAGGUCAAUAACGCGUCCGGUGCCUGUGAGACACAGGUGCACUAAGAGAUGCUCUAAUGUGUCUGAGAGACGCAGAGUCUCCUCAGGCAGUGUUAUUCUGUGAUUUCCAGCCCUGGCUGAAAGCAGGGAGCAAGAAAGGGAACAAAAGAGUUGUGGAAACACGAGCAAGCAUCUGCUCCAUAAGUGAAAGGUGAAAUCAUACCAUUCUGCAGCUCUGGAUACAUAACGAUGCUGAAAAUAAAUGUCUGGCACGUGCCCAAGAUGCCUGUAAGGGUUAUAACCCUGUUUUCUGGUGGGGCUGCGGCAGCCCAGAGGCAGGCAGGUAAUACCGGUGAGGGACAGGGACGGGGGGCAGCUGCAGAAAGCGCCGGGCCGUCGGGGUGCGGUGGGACGGGCCGUCCGGCGGCCCUUGGGGUGGGAGGUGGUGGUGGGGACCCACCGCCCGCCCAGCGCCGCGUCCCGCAGCAGGGACUUGAGUGGGGCUGAUCGGAGGCAGCCCAAGCCUGAUGGGCGUGAAACCUUGGUACAGGUGUUGCAUGCGGCCCACAAGUUAAAUAUGAAUGAAUGCAUUGUUCUCUGAAUUCACACGUUCAAACCAGGAACGGAGUCGUCUUUGUUUGGGUGGGGGUUUUUUUUGUUUUUUUUUUUUUAAAUUAUCUGAUCUGACCUACAUCUCUCAGCUUACUGCAAUGACCUGUAGUAAUUCCUGCAUCAAACAUAUCUGGAAAUGCAUUUGUUAAUGUAUUUUAUAUUUAAUUUUAAACUAAUUAUUUAAUUUCAUUUGUUGGUUUUCUCCUUUUUCCCUGCAAUUGCGCCGACUAUUGAACAUCUAUUUAUUUUCUUUCUAAAUAGAGUUUUAAAGUGAUGGCAGUGGAAACUGCAUGAGGAACGGGAAAGGUAAAAGUUACAGUGUGCUGGCAGUGCCCCCU